AAGUCUUUCUGAAAAACACAUCUUUACACUUGAAAUAAGUUUUUUCCUUUCUUGGUAAUAAAAAUAUCCUUUUCGUUUCUUCUUCUCCACACUUCUAGAAGUUCUAGAUUUUUCCUAGCUAACGUACCAGAAAAAAGGAAGCCAAGCCUAGAAACACUAUAAAGAUAAGACACAAAGGAAGUCUGAGAAUUGUGAGUAAAAAUGUGUUUGGAAGUUGUGUAUCAUGAAGAGAAGACGGAGCUUGGUCGGCAACAAGCACCAGGGAUGUGUCCUUAUUGCGGCGGAAAAGUAUCGGCGGUGGAUAUAGAGACGAAGUGGUUGUUCUGUUUCUUACCACUUUGUUUCAAGGUCAAACGCAAAUACUCAUGUUCUUCGUGCGAGCGUCAUCUCGUCUUGUAUUAUUGAAGAAACACGUAGAGAGAUGCGAAAUUGAAGUAAAGAGAAAAACCAAAACAGAAAGAAUGAAGAAAAGAAACAGAGGAGAAACUGAAAAAGAUUGUUUUAUCUCUUUCAUUUAUUUGGUUGCUUCUCCUCUCAAUGUUGAGGUUUUUGCAGAUUUCCUCUUGUGACUUCUGAUUUUGCUAGAAACGCCCUCUCGUGUUGGUGAGUGGUGACAUUGGUCAAUUUUCAUUGAGUUCUUUAUUUCUCGUCUGAGUUUUGUGCAAUGUAUAUAAUUUGUUGGAUUUGUUUAAUAAAGAUUGUUAUUCUUAA